UUGGGGAGAAGAAGAUAUGUUCAACCUUUUCCGAAAAAGCCAAGACUCUAAGAAGGUGUCAUUGCCAGAAAGAGAGGCAGAUGGAUUUGUUCUUUUGGGUGGAGCCAGGUCGUCAGCCCUCUGCCAGGAACCCUCUGGCACUGGGAGUUGCGUGUGCAGCAUGCCAUUCGUCUCUUGGCAACGCACCUCCCUGGAAUCAGGAACGUAUUGGAAAAUCACUUGCAGAGUCUUCUUGUCUUGCCACAAAUGGUCACUCCACCCCGAGGUGGUCGAGAUCUUCUGAAGGUGAUACAAUUAAUGAACAAAGAAGAGCAUCUAAAGAUAAAAAUUCAUUUCCAGAGGCAGGACCUACAUACAGUCAACCUGUUCAGCCAAAUACAGAAAAACAUUCACAUUUGACUGUAAUGAGUGCUGAGGAGGGAAAUGAAACAAGUCAACAUUUGGAAAGCAAUCAUUUCAUGUCAGAGUUCCUCAAUGAUGUACCCUUCACCCUAGCACCCCAUGUGCUAGCAGUACAGGACAUCUCUAAUGGCCUUCCAGACCAGUUGCUCUCCUACAACAUCAGUGAUAAUUUAUCAAGAUUUUGCUCUCUGUUGCAGACCUGUGGUCUGAAUGCUUUCAACGUACCAAAACAUGGAGUGGCCUCUCGUCCCCCUGCUGCUUCCUCAUGGAGCCUCUAUUCUGCAGCAAACCACGCCCUGAGAUGCUGGCCGUCUACUUACCAACCCUACAUUGGAAUUAUCUAUCUUCACUAGGUGUGAUGAAGGACAAGACUUCUUCUGGGGGACUGCAAGUCUAAAUCCCGUCUGGAAGGAAAGGGACAUAAGUCCCCACCAACAAAGAGAUGACAGCUGGAGGCCUGAGAUCUAAAAGGGGUGCCUUUGAGCAGACUAGGGAGGGAGCAGAGAUGCAGUUAAGCCCAGAACUGUGGCAACAGUUUAUACACUGCCCUACAUACAGAAGAUAUUUGUUUUCAAAUUUGCUAGGUAGUGGUGUAUUGUCUUUAACAAAUCAACUGACUUCCUUACCUUUCUCAAAAACCCAUCCCAUAUGACUGCUGUAAACAUCCCCUUCUUGCCUGUGAAUAUUUAUGAAUUCUUAACACAUACAAUGCUCUCUUUUAUUAAAAAUUUUUUUUUGCUAAAAACUCAAGUUCGCUUACUGUAGAAUCCCUUAAAACAAAACAAAAAUGUCUACAAAACCAUUUUGGAAUGUUUUGUUUGGGGGGAGAUGGGGGAGGGAAGAUAGCACUUUUCACAGUUACAUGUGUGUACACAGGUGUAGACUGCGGUUAUGUAAAGGAAGUGGGUGGCGUAAGGGCAAACUUAAAUGUAUUAUAACAACUUGAUCUGUACUUCUAAAUUCCUUAUGUUUCUUUUUUGAACAGUGUUAAGUCUGCAAAACUAAACUUUGGUUCUGCAUUAUGGUAUUUGGCAUGUAAAGUUGCUGGAGACACUGAGACGUUACAUGCUACAAUUUGCUACAGGUGGGGAACUGAAUUUGUGUGGUUGCAAUAUACAUAGCUUGAUGAAUUGUACUCUGAAAUAAAGAAGACUGACACUUCAUAUUUCAGAGUGGCUUAUAUGUAUUAUACCAGGAGUUUUUCUGGACCAUCCCUUCUCACUCUCUCUCUUCUCUUCGAAGAAAGACACGUCCACAACUAUUAAAAGUUAAGGUCAAUUAAAGGUUUGAUUAAUUGAUUCAUUUCUUAAUGUAAGGGUGUUUGCUUACUCUGAAUAGCUGACACACAACUGGUCUUUAGGAGUUAUGCACCCAGAACCCAGAAGAACCAACAAAGAACAUGAAGAUUUAGAAAUCCCUAGUUUGCUAUUUCCCUGAAAAAAAAGCUCUUAGGCAGCCCCUAGUCAGUUUUACACAUCCCUGUACUUUUUACCAAGACAAUAGGGUUUAGCCAGGAUUAGAAAGAAGGGCACGACCCGAUGCUCACAGGGCUAAGUUCUCUUGAUUGGACAAACUGCACUCAGCACCAGGAUUAGAAGCAAGGGGUACAAAAGUGGUUUUAAGCUGCUUUUAUAUUCUCUCGGUCUGGGGCUGUUCUAAUAUAAGCCCAAUUGCAAGUGACCACCAGGGGCCAUUUUGAUAGGCUGAGCUGUGGGGAUGCCCCAGCAAACCAACUUUCCUCUAGAAAUACUCCCAGUGUUGGGGGCCAGGGCCCUGACCCACUUUUAGCCCAGUGGGUAGAGCAGUCACCUGGAACAUGGGAGAUCCAGAUUCAGUUCCCCCCUCUGCCUGAGAGGGGAUGAGAGAUGGAGAAUGAUCCUGUAGCCUGAUUGUUACAAAAUCCCUUCAGAAACCCAGGGUUCAGCCCUGGCUCCAGUGACUCAACUCUUUAAUUAUUUACAGACAGCAGAAGACCUACAUCAGAAUAUCCCAUAGUCUAGUCGUUAGAGCACUCUUCUGGGAGGCAGGAGACCCCCUAUACAAAUCCUUUCUCUGCCUCUGGCAGAGAGGAGGUAAGUUAACCUGGAUCUCCCACAUCCCAGGCAAGUGCUCUAAUCACUGGGCGAAAGGUUAUAAGGUGGGUAACACCACUACCAUGUCCUCCUCAAUCCAGAUUUUGAAUGGAGCCCAAUCCAGUAGACAGCAUCUAGCACACAUAUGGAAUCAGGCCCUGCAUGCAAUUUAGGCAGCUUGAAUGCAUAUUUUUCCCCAGUUUGUGAAUCUCUCUGGGGCUUGGGUGGAGAUAUGUAUCCAGAUUUAUAAAGGGAGGCAGCAGUGCCUAUGUCCAGGGGCAGAAACUUAAGACACCUAGGAACUUUGCCUUUGAAAACGUGGGCACUGAGUGAGUUUAGAUGCCUACAACAUUCAAUGGGAGUUUUGUGGCUCAUAGUGUGUCACAGAGUGGGGGGGAGUUAGGGCCCUGCACCCCCCACUUUCUGCGAUUCACCGUGACUUUUAGCC